UUACUCCGCGAAGCAAGGUUGACUCGGUGGCUGCUGUUAGUUCCCACAAUCGCAACCAAGUUCUUCUAUAUCUUCCUGCAAUGGAGCCUACGAGACGACAGCAUCAAUGUGACGCAUUACGCACCAGCACGCGCCAAUCCGUACAGAGACAGGCACCACCUAUCGCGAUGCCCAAUCGGCAUACACCAGAAAGCGGCGUGGUCGCGUCUCCAUCCCGGUGCUCGUCAUACGCGUUACACUGUCGUAAAGGGUCUCCAAGAACGACAGGAUGUCACCGGUCAUUGAACUUUUUCGCGGAGUCUGUGCUAUAAUCUCCGCAAGUCCUGUCGGUAAGCAAUCAAACCGGUGAAGCGUAAAAGUGAUCGGACAGUCAUGGCGACGGAAACGGGAUCCCCGACUCCCGUCGCUUCUUCGUCGGGCCUGAGGGCAGCGACCAGUGCACCGACCGUGUUGGCACCGUCGGACGAGAUUCAGGAAGACGCCGGCGAAGACCUCGCGGAAGACGCGACGAGCCCUGUAGCGCCGGGUCGUCAACUGCACCAGCAGCGGAGGCAACAGUUCAGAGCGAAGCAAGAGCAAGGCAGAUUUGACAGCUUCGGACGUCCCGAGAGACCGCCGUCCCGGUCCGACACGCAGCGACCGCUCAGCAGCGCCGAGCAACGCAUCGCGGCAGCUAUCCGACAACACUACUACCCGGAGGGCGGCUGGGGCUGGGUGGUGUGCGUCUGCGUGUGUCUCGUCAACGCCCUCAGCUGGGGCAUGCAGCUCAACUACGGAGUCAUGCACGCCGCGGCCGUCCGGCAGUUCGGCGAGGAGCACGAGACUGCGUGGCUGGGCUCUGCGUCUCUAGCCUCUUCGCUGUUCGUGUCCCCAAUGGUGGUGGCCUGGUGCCGGCGCAAGAGCAUUCGCCUCACGGCCAUUGUCGGAGGUCUAGUGGCGGCGCUGGGCUGCCUGUUCUCGUCGUUCGCGUCGCAGCUGCAACAAGGCCUGUUCAGCCAGGGCCUGGUGCUGGGCCUGGGCCUGGGCAUGGCGCGGGACGCCGGGGGCCUGGUGCUCGGCCAGUACUUCAAGCGACGCCGCCACUGCGCUGAAGUGGUCGCCUGCGCUGGCGCAGGACUAGGGGCAGCGGUCAUGGCGGCUUUCCUUCAUUCGGCGCUCGGUUCCCUGGGCUGGCGCCACGGUCUUCAGGCAGCGACUGGCCUGCUGUCUCUCAACUUCGUGCUGGGUACCUUCUAUCGGUCGGCGUCCCUGUACCAUCCGCACCGGCGCGCCAUCGUGCAUUUGAAGAACCAGCGGCGCAAGAUUAAGGAGAAGCAGCCGAGCGUGGUGAAGCCGCCUUUCUUCGACUUCACCGUGCUUCGUACCCGAACGGUCAGGGUCGUCAUGGUGACCGCCGCCCUCACCGCGGCUGGACUUUAUACGCCCUUCUUCUGUCUCGUUCCUCUAAGCUCCGCCGAGGGCGUCCAAGGAACAUGGACGUUGCAAGCCCUCCUCGGUCUCGCCUCCGCUGGUGGCGCUGGCGUAGCUGGACUACUGCUGAUGCGCCAUCCGACACAGUGCGUACUCAGCCGGCGCUGCCUUUGCCAGCUGUCUCUACUUGGUGCCAGCCUGGCCAUGCUGGCACUCGGAGCACUGAACGGCUUUGCCGGCUACGCGUUGUUUGCUGCCGUGUACGGAGCCAGUGCCGGCGGAGUGGCGUACGCGCUGCGCAUGCUCGUCUUCGAGCGGCUGAGGGCCAGGCACUUUGGCCGCGCGUGGGGUUUCGUCCAAUGGGCGCAGUGCCUGUCUGUGCUCGUAGGAGUUCCCGUUACAGGUUACAUCAACAAGUCGAGGCAGGAUCCCAAGGCGGGCUUCUACUUCUCGGCAGCGUGUACAUUUGCGGGGGCUACCAGUCUCUUCUUUCUUCCGGACGGCCGGAGAGAGUCUAUCCGCUGCUGCGUCCACGCCCCUCACCAGCACAAGUUGCCUCCCCAGCUCCGCCACAAUCACAACCACUCGCACGACAACCCUUGCGGCGAAUGCCAGUGCCCCCAGCACCACCGACACACUGGCGACAGCCCGAACAAGGGAAGCUACGAGCGUGCCGACAGCACCGACGUCGACGCCGUGGUCAUCAGGACGCCCUGCGCCUGUAGCCGCAAGUCCUUGUUGUCGUACCAGAGGAGCACGUCGUGGUCCACGUCUCUGGAGUACCUGGAGCAGCCGCGCGGUACAGGCGGCGGGUUUGCGCCGCCGGACGCAGACUGCUUGGACGACGAGCUGGCGGACAUCGUGGAACAGCGACCGGAGCUCUUGGAGUGCAUCGCCGACGAGAGUGUGGUGGUGGACGUUGGUGCUCGUUGCUGGAAGUGCGGUGGUAUGGCGGCCGGCCCGCUGUGCGACUGCGCGCCCUCAUCGACGCGAGACAAAGCCGUUGUGUCGCCCAAGAAGGCGCACGCGUCGCGGUGCACCCACGAAACGUUUGUGUUUCGUUCGACAAUGGAUCCCAUUGAAGAAGUGACCAGCACCGUCUGAUGUAAUCACUCGAAGGGCGUGGCGUUAGUGACUUAUUCACACGUGGAGCCAAACCGUGGCUCAUUUUGUGUGGUGUGCUUAAUCCUGUGCACUUUGCGCGGUGUUUAUUGUGUGCUACGAAAGGCAACGCAUUUUUAUUCCAACUGUGUAAGUUGAAUUCUGUAAAACACAUAUAAGGUGUUUUUUUUUGUGGUGUUGCGUUACAGCCCGGUUGAUGAUUUAUUUUAUGAAGCUUUGUUCACCUUUCAGCAUGAAUAUGUGGUUCUUGCGCUAGCUUAAAUGUGACGUGAAAUGAACACAGCUAGCAAACCCGAAUAUUGGCCCCGUGCCCAUGCGCACGCAAUGUCAAGCAGUUUUCUUAAUGCCACACCCCGCAGAGUUCUGACACCGGCCGUGUAGGUAGAGCAGAAAAUGCACAGCACCGUAUGCAUUGCCUGCGUGUCCUGUGUGUCGCGUGUUGUGUCUAUGUAAGCGUAUCUGGCAUCUUUUCCACUUAAAACGCAUUUCUACGGCUCUGUUCGCUUAAGAUGGAAGACGUCUAUUUUUGGUAGCUACGCGCUAAUUUUAAGCAAUCCUACUCCCGAAGUGGUAGAACUGUAACACCCAACCGGCCUAUAUAUGGUCGCACCUGAAAGCCCACCUGAUGUGGCAUGGCGUGUCGUUCACCGUUCAAGAGUGAAUAACUACCGAGUAUUCCUUGAGGUCCAAGUGUUCGGACCCCCGUGGUCUGUGUUGUGUACUUUCCUCACAUCCAGGUAUACGUUGUGAAUGCACUUUAUGCAGAAUAGUUUGUGUCGCCAUUUUGACAGCUUUUACGCGCACGCUACGGUUAACACCACUUGCAUCUUUGACUGUGAGCCACGUACAAAUAUUUAAAAAUUGUAUAUACGUUUUGAUACCUGCUAUUUUAUUUCGCGCACCAGUUUUUCAUAUUCUACUAUGAGAUAGGUGGGUUAUCGUAUAGACGAAAUAUGGCAAGUUCGAGCAACACACAGAGGGACAAAUGAACAAAUGUACGUUUUCACCACCACAGCAAUAUGUUGAAAACGCAUAACGCCGUGAAAAAGGGGGUAUAAAGUUCAGCCGUCUUGCUCAUAUUACCGUAAUUAAAGUGAUUUAUGUGAGUGCAGUCCUAUUGGGCAGACAGAAAACACAAAAGAAUACAUGCUCACACUUGUAUAAGCACUCACCAAUGCUGCAUGACAAGCACGCGCGUGCAUUAGAAAGUGAACGUUAAUACCGUAACGUCGCUUUCAUGCGACAUGUGCUUGUAUCGAAAACUUGAUACGGAAGUGUGCGGUACUGUUAACAACACGAGUGAAAGUGAACUCUAUGUGAUGUUUUUUUUUUAUUGUGUGUGUGCUGUUUAUUUGUGAUGUAAAUGUACGAAGGCCCACCGAUAUUUUUUUUCAAUCAGGGACGCAAAUGUAAGCACAAGCCGGAUUUCGAUGGGGCAAAUUAGAAAGAAAAUGGCGUUUUCUGCUCAAAAGUAACAUCGU